AACCAAUAAGCAUGUGGUUAUACGCCCGUGGUGCCUGGUACCAUAGAGCAUGUAGCUCUAUGCUGGUACUGUGCAUGUGCGGGCCGGCCGGAACCGCAGCUUGCAAGUACACUGUACUAGCAUGGAGGUAGAAUCAUGGUACUAGGCAUGCUGCGUAUCUGCAUCAUAGCACAUCCUAUGUAGUAACUCCCAUCUGACAGGAAGUUGGCCCUCAUCGGGGUUUUGCCCCUACCUCAGUAAUGAGUGACUCAGAAGCUUGUGCGAAUGGGGACAGUGAUCAGGGGUCUGCAUUCACUCUGUCUGAAGAACCAGCUGAAGACAGUAGUGGGUCUGGGCCAGCUGCGUGCGGAGAGUCUGAAGACAAGUCUGAAUGUAACAUGGAGGAAUCUGGACUACUGGAAGGUACCGGUAGAGCGGCAAGGGUCAGCUCCAAGAAGCACUUUUCAUCCAAGAAGAAACAUGGCCGGUUCCAUGUGAAGAUCAUCAGGGAGACGGACAAGGCCAGCAGUCUAAAGCGCAAUGGGGACAUGGGCAAAGCCUCCAUGAGCCCCAGCCAGCAGGAAAGUGUUGAUGAGAGUUUAGACCAUUCACUGGCUGCCCAUAGCUUUGGCCAUACUGUAGAGGCAAUACCCUCGCUGGAUCACUACAGAAAUCGGUAUUCACUGCUGGCAUCAGGGAAGCAACGCCCUACUUUGUAUGAACUUCACGAGCCCAAGACUGCGGUAAAUCAAACAGCCGACACCCCUGUCGAUGCUGGGGGCUUAGCGGAGAUAGAGGCUCCCCCAACUACAGCAGCCAGUGGAGGGGUCAAGUUUGGAUGGAUCAAAGGCGUGCUGGUCAGAUGUCUGCUGAAUAUCUGGGGUGUGAUGCUGUUUCUGCGGAUGUCAUGGAUCGUUGGACAAGCUGGAAUAGGCUUUUCCAUUUUGAUUGUCAUGAUGGCUACCGUAGUAACUGUACUGACAACAUUGUCAAUGUCUGCUAUCUGUACAAAUGGAGAGGUCAAAGGAGGUGGAGCAUACUACAUGAUCUCCCGUAGUCUAGGCCCUGAGUUUGGUGGAUCUAUUGGUCUGAUUUUCUCCAUUGCCAAUGCUGUGGCUGUGGCCAUGUACGUUGUCGGAUUUGCAGAAGUUGUGCGAGACCUUUUAGUGGAUAAUGGCCUGAAGAUUAUUGAUCCAGAUAAUGAUGUCCGGAUCAUUGGUGAGGCUACCCUUGUCCUCCUGCUGGGCAUUACCAUGAUUGGAAUGGCAUGGGAAGCAAGAGCCCAGUUGUUUCUUCUACUUCUUCUUGUCAUAGCUAUCUGCAAUAUGAUGGUUGGGACUUUUAUCCCUGCACCGGACCAUGAAAUAGCUCGAGGAUUCCAGAACUACAGAGGUGCGCUUUUGGUUGAGAACUUCGGUCCAGACUAUCGAGACGGAGAAGGGUUUUUCUCCAUAUUUUCCAUCUUUUUUCCGGCUGCCACUGGUAUCUUGGCUGGUGCUAACAUCUCUGGUGACCUUAAAGAUGCACAAAAGGCCAUACCCAAGGGAACCCUAAUAGCCAUAGCCAUGACCUCUGUCAGCUAUGCUGGAUUGGCCAUCGUACUAGGAUCCUGUGUGUCCAGAGAGGCUACUGGUAAUAUUGCAGAUGUCAUAGCAGGAAACUUUACCACAGCUUGCGAAGAUGGAUUUGACUGUGAAUAUGGUCUGCUGAAGAAUUUCUCUGUAGCAAGUUUGAUAUCAGGUUGGGCUCCAUUAGUUCUGGCUGGUGUUUUUGCAGCAACCUUGUCUUCAGCUCUGGCUAGUCUCGUCAGUGCACCCAAGGUGUUUCAGGCUUUGUGUAAAGACAAAAUUUUCCCCAAGAUCGGGUCUUUUGCUGUUGGCACUGGACCAGGAGAUGAACCACGGAGAGCCUACAUCUUGGCCUUUUUCAUUGCAGCUGCGUGUAUAGCAAUUGGUGAACUGAAUGCAAUUGCUCCCAUCAUUUCUAAUUUCUUCCUGAUGUCAUAUGCACUCAUCAAUUUCUCAUGUUUCUCGGCAUCAUUGGCAAAGUCACCAGGUUGGCGUCCAGCAUUCCGUUACUACAACAUGUGGGUGGCCCUGCUUGCUGCUGUACUGUGCAUGGGUGUCAUGUUCCUGAUAAACUGGUAUGCAGCACUCAUCACCAUCUUCAUUGUGACAGCACUGUACAUGUAUGUACACAACACAAAGCCAGAGAUCAAUUGGGGCUCUUCCAACCAGGCUUUUAUCUACAAGCAAGCACUGACCAACACGCUCAAGCUGAACCACAUACCUGCACAUGUUAAAACAUUCAGGCCCCAGAUCAUUGCACUGACUGGUCUCCCUGAAUGCCGGCCUGCCCUGGCACACUUUGUGUCACACAUCACUAAAAGCACAAGCCUCCUCAUAUGCGGAGCGGUUCUGACUGGUGAGCAGAGUACUAAUCUGAACGAGCUGACGACAGACUAUCAUGAGAAGUGGCUAGAUUCUCAGAAGAUCAAGGCAUUCCCUGCCAUGGUAGCCAGCCCUACACUAAGAGCUGGUGCCCAAGCUCUCAUGCAAAUCGGUGGUCUGGGUAAGAUCAGGCCCAACACGAUCAUCAUGGGCUUCCUUGGUAGAUGGAAGACAGAAAAGUCCCAAUAUGUCAAUGACUAUGUUGGAAUCAUUCAUGAUGCAUUUGACCUGAAUCUGGGCGUAGGUAUACUACGCAUUAAGGAAUCAUUUGAUGUGUCUAGUGCCUUGAAUACCCCUGGAUUCUCUGAUUAUGUUGAAGGAGUUCUCCACCAGCCGGAGCACACAAAUUCCAGAUUUAGGAUCGAAAAAGUUCCUGAAAUCAAAGUGGAAAGCAUGGUGUCAUCCAUCAAGGAGGAAGAGAAGGAGGGGGAAGAAGUAGCAGAGCCAUCAGCCACUGAACCACCCAAUUCCCCUGUGGGAACAAAGAUCUCCAUGUUUGACAGUACAGCACUCAUCAAGGGCAAGCCCAUCGAUGAUGUCAUCAAAUCUAUGCAAAAGUUUCAGGAAAAGAUGCCAAAAGGGAACAUAGAUGUGUGGUGGCUCCUGGAUGAUGGAGGGCUGACCCUACUGAUUCCUCACCUCUUGUCCAUGAAAUCUAACUGGGAGAAGUGCAAGCUGCGCGUCUUCGCCACCACAGGCAAGAAGGAGCAGAUUGACCGGGAGAGGAUGAACAUGGCUAACAUGCUAAGCAAGUUCCGCAUCAAAUGCACUGACGUGGAGAUCAUCUCAGACUUGAACAAGAAACCCAAGGAAGAAAGCCUGAGGCGGUUUGAGGAGCUGAUCAAUCCCUGGAUACUGAAAGAGGGAGCGGGGGAGACAGCCGAAAAGUUUCCCUGGAAGAUCACCAAGGACGAAGUCACUACACUCAAAGAAAAGACCACAAGACAAAUACGGAUACGUGAACUGCUUCGCGAACAUUCCAGAGAAGCCCAGCUUAUUGUCAUGAGCCUUCCUAUUCCACGGAAGCUGACCUGCUCAGCCUACAUGUACAUGUGCUGGCUGGAGACAUUGACCAAGGAUAUGCCACCCAUACUACUGCUCAGGGGCAACCAGACAAGUGUUCUUACUCAUUAUUCUUAAGGCAAUUAGUGCAAAGAUUAUGCCAGUAAUCAGUGUAUAAGUGUGAUAGUAAGAACAGUUUUAUGAGGUGACUAACUAACUGUUCUAUUUCACUUGGCUUCACCGCAUGAAACAGAACAUCCAGUCCUUCGUUAUUUGUUUUACACAAGGCCUGAAGAAAUCCUCUUUGUGUACAAAAUGUCACUUCACUUUUUCAGCUUGGCAUUGAAGCAUGACACCAGGUUUCACGUUCUGCACUGCGACUAAAUUUUGUCAAUGAUCAACGACCCAUCAAUCAGUUGACAAGGAUUUAUUCAGGUGUUGUUAAAAUCACAUUAGUUAAGAGAUUAUUUUCCAUUUUUCAUCUUGAGAAUGAUGCAUUUUUCAUGAACAGGAUAGGCAGGGUUUUGAGCAAUUGAUGCUCAUUUGUGCUACAUUUAGAAGAGAAAUGUUAUCAGUCAUUAAUUUAAUGAGAAGUUAAGUCACAAGCAUCAAAAUAAGAGGGCAUGAACAUCAGCUCCGGGCUGCCUUCGCCGCAGUUUCUUUGAGCAGCUUGUGACUUGAAUUGAGAGGGGAGGUCUUUUUAUGAACUGGUGAUAACUUAAUGACAUUUCUUUACUUAACAACACAUUUGCCGUAGCUUAUAAAAGUAUUGGUAUACUAGGAAUUAUAGCUCCAACGUCAGAAUCAUACCUGGAGGUAAACACACUUCCAAAUUUGUCAUAAGCUGAAUAAUGAAUAACGCAUUGUUCAGCAAACAGUUGAAAUGAAAUACUGGUAUCAUUUAUAGUGAGACAUUCCAGAUUUUGGUAAUGUUUAUAGCACUUGCAACUCUCUGCAGUGGUGAUCUUUGCUUUAAGUAAUCAAAUUACAAAAGGUAGGCUUCCAGUUAAGGUCUUCGUUUAUUUUAGGCACAUUUUAUUUUUCGGGGUGAGUUUUGCUGUAUUUAUUUGGUGUACUUUUAAAAUAGGAUUUUCAGUUGGUGUUUUAAAUUGUUAUUUAAUAAAUGUUAAUAUUUUAAAAGGCUCACAAAGCAUGCAUGAUGAAUUAGAUAGGAUAGCUUAUGUACAGUUUAAUUUUUAUAAAGAAAGGGAACAUAUACAAAGAGAAGUGCAAGUUGUUGGGAGAGUGGUCUUCACUGUAUUCAGCAAUGGGAGCAUCAGUUGGAAUGUCAUGUAAUCCUGCUUUUCUUGAUUUGUUUAAUAAUGCAUGCCACCAGCAGAGGAUGAUACCCAUCGACUGUUUGCAUUGAAAAGAGCACUUUUUAUCCCUAUGGUUGACAUCUAAAGUUAUCCCACGAGUAACUGUUUAUUCCUCUCUGUUUACAUGAGGGGCCCGCAAACACAUUGCCUCCAGUUCUUUUCAGAACAUCACUUGCUCAAAAGGAGAUACAUCCAUGGUGCUGCCGCAAACCCAUGUAGUUUGCACUGGCACAAGUCAAUAUCCAUAUACCCAAAAAUACUCACUACAAAAUUCAGCUUUCCCUCCAAAUUGAAAAUGGCCAAUUUCUUUGAAGGAACGCAGUUUGGCAUGUAGGUGACUUCCAUCUCCUGUCAUGUGCUGUUAGCACUGGCCUCUUGGGAGUAACUUGUCUGCCAACUUUUCCGAACCAUUCUGCUCAUGUCCUAUCAACAAAUAUUUUAUAUCCAUUGAGUGUGUGGCAGUCUUUAAGAACCUUAAACAAUAGUACACCGGAAUAUGUGCACUCCCUGGGAUCAAAAUUGAAAUUUUGUGCACACAGGUGCAUAACUUUUGACUUGAUACAAACACCUGACCACUUUUUUUUUUUAAAUUAAUUGCCUGCAUACGUGUAUAUAUCACUGACAAAGCAUUGCGCAUGUUUAGUUGCAUGUACCUGAUGCAAAGUCACUGAAAAAAAGACAGUAGUGGUGAGCUACAUACAUAUUUUUGCUGUCUGAAUUCCAGACCAAAAGAUACUGACUGUGUUUGUCCUGCAUUCAGUGAUCAAGAUUGAAUCGGUGGUGUAAACGAAAAGCAGCAAUGAUACAAGUGCUUCAUUCCCUGACUUUCCAAUUUGGCUAGGCAUGGGGUAACCUCCCAAUACAACUGCAUUUUCAGUUAAGCACACUAGCAAAUUCUGGUGUGCUGUUCACAUAUUUUCAUCCACGUCUUCUUUGUGCAUCAUAGAAUACACUUUUGUGAAUUUUUUUUUAUUUUUGUAUGUGGUUGGUUUUGCUUUUUCUCUGUUAGUUUUCGUAGGGUAUGGAAUACCUUGCCUUUUGACAGAAGGAAUUAAGAUAACAUCCUUUACCAAGACUUUCCCCAGCAACUGGUUUGUUAGGGAUUCAGGUUGUUUCAUGCACAUGUAUAGUCGGAUAGUUUAUUUGUAGAUGAAAUAUUUACAUGAACGAAUCCAGGCUUUUUUGAAUUGAUUCCCUAUAGGAAGAGUGUAUUUUAGUUUUAUACAAUCAUGACUUGAUGUGAGUAAAUUUAAUGCAGAAAUGUCUCUUGUGAGUUGGGUAUUUUGUGAACAUGUAGAAGAUUUAUAAAUGGAAUUGCAUGUAACCUUGUAAAAUGGGAGUUAUGCAUAAUCUUAUGGAAUUUACAUAGUUCUUCAAAGAUUUUCUUGAACUUUCUCUAAAGAUAAUUAUCAGUUACAUCACACGUUGUUUCAUGCCUGCACUGUAAACUUGAUUAUUAUGUUUGUAUGUUUUCAACCCAGUCUUUUUCUGCUAAAUAGCACAAAUUAGGUGGAAGUUAAAGUACCCUCUCCAACAUUGUAAUAUUCUGUUGUUCAACUUAGCAUGUGGGUCUUAGUUUGUAAAUAAUUAAGUUAAAACCAAAAUUGAUUUUCAAUCUGUUAUUGGAAAAGCUGAAGUAGCCAGUUCCUUGUUACUGUACCCGUACAUUAUGACAAGCAAUAAACAACACAGACUGAGAAGUUGACUCAACAUUACUGUGCAACACUGCCAUCAAAAACGUUUUUACAGAAUCUGAGAUGGCUUUUUACACCUUAGGGCACAAGGCAAAGCCUUAUAGCCUCAUACCAUCACCAAUGCCUUCAAAAAAGGCUUUUGACAAAUGAAGGAAAAAGAUGCAAACCAACACAUUUUUUAUUGCCUUCUUUUAAAGUUAAAAGCUAGCCCCUCAUCGGUCUUCUCAUUACUCUAUCCAUGGAGAACGGCAAGUUUGUUUUCAAAGAAGUGAAAACCUGACAUUUUACCGGCUGCAACUUCACCAAUACUAGGUUAUUGAUAGGGGCCAUGAGCACACAACCUCAGUAGCUCAUGCAGUUCACUCAGAAUUCGUGUAAAUGGUUGCAUACAGUAGGCCUUUGUGUAUUUUACUUGAAAUAAAGAUGCAACAACAAAUUUGAGCA